AUGCGAGAAUGUUCAAUUAUAAUCAGUCCAUACACAGUUAUGAUUUCAGCUGUUUUCCUGUUAUGUCUCAUUCUUUCUCUCCUUGGAAAUGCAAUCGUAAUCCUCACAAUCCUUGGAAAAUCGCAUCGAUCCCGAAGCAUCACCAAUUUUUAUCUUCUAAACUUGGCAUUUGCCGAUCUGCUUCGAAGUAUAAUCUGUAUUCCAAGUACUCUUCUUGGAGAACUGACACACUGUUGGCUCCUCGGAGCUGCCAUGUGUAAAAUUGUUGCAUUUUUACAACCUGUAGGAGUAUGUGCAUCUGCUUACACUCUGGCAGUCAUUGCUAUCGAAAGAUAUUACGCAAUAUGUCGACCAUUGGAGUCAAGGAAAUGGCAGACAAAGAAACGUGCUCUCAUCACCAUCUCCUUGGUUUGGUGUUUUUCGUUCUCUGCUAACCUUACCAGUCUCUUUCUCUACGAUGCCGUUCCAAUCGGUUCAAAAUUCACAUGUGAUUCCACGAGAGGACCUCUCGUGGACUUUAUAUAUCAACUAUAUUUGACUUUUACUCUCUUAUUCGUUCCAUUGGCUUUGAUGGUUGGACUUUAUGGUAACGUGAUAAUUACAUUGAACACUGCAAUCAAUAGUGAUCAUCCGACAGUUGAGCAACAAAUGAUCGAGAAAACUCUUCCAUCUCGGGCGUCCUUCUCCGACUGGUUCGUGAGUGCAGUCCAAAGAGUUCCAAGCAUGAAAGUCGUCUCUAAAACCUUUCAAUUCAAAGAGAAGAAUUCUCUAUCAAUCCCCCAAACAACUGGUCUCUCUGCUCGCCCCAGUCGAUCAUCGUUUUCUUCAUUUUUCUCAACGCCACGUGGAUCUUUUGAUGCAACAAUGCUGCUAAGAAGUACUAAUCAAGAAAAGAUUCUGAUAGCCAAGAAGAAAGUGACACGAAUGUUGAUAACUCUUGUCAUUGUUUUUGCCUUUUGUUGGGUUCCUUCAUACAUGUAUUGGCUUCUUUUACGGAUGGCUGAUUUGGCGGCAACAUCUCUCUGGAAUCCGGGACUUAACUCUUCUCUAACUAUUCUCACUUAUGUCAGUUCAUUGGCUAAUCCGAUUACUUAUUGCUUCAUGAACAAAUCAUUCCGAUCAUCUGUUCUUGCUUAUUGCCGUCCGAAGCCUAAACGUCCACUGACUCGCUGUUCUGCUAUGCCAACCCGCAAAUCGCCGUCAAAAGAAUCUCCGACUCAUGCUAUUCCAAUGAUAAAAAUUGAUCUUGUACUGGAUAGCAGUGUUCAUAUUUAA